AUGAAUAGGAAUUCUGCAUCUGACAAUAACCUUACAAGAGAAGAAAAUUUGAAAUAUGACGACGAAACGACAUCAACCGUACUUUUGGAAAAAAAAAAAUUAACGAACAAGGAAAGGAAAAAACUAGAAUACGAAGAAAGAAUUAGAAGAAAAAGAGAAAAACAUUUAAAAAAAGUAAAAAAAAUAAUCACAAAAACUAACCUGCCUUCGCUAAAUGGUCUAAAAAAUGAGUUGCUAAAAGACUGUUCCCCCACUAUUCUAAAUGGGACAGACGAACCAAAGGAUGCUUUCCAGAACGGGAAGAAUGAAGAAAAUAUGAAAUCACACAAUGUAAACUCCGAAGUGGAAACCCUGCAAAGUGAUAACAGAGAUGGAAUACAAAAUCCAAAUGACCAUUCAAAUGAGACAAACGAAAGAGGCAGUGAAGAAAACAAAUCACGCAGAAAAGAUAUCGAAAGGAUAAACAAAAAAUACAAACAACUGUGCUCUAUGGAAAAUGUGUCGAAGAAGAAAUUGAUAAAAAAGCUAAAAUACAAGCAGAAGCAAGACAAAGAAGCGGAAAAAGAAAAGUUGUUUAAAAAUAUAGAACAGUACAGGUUAAACACUAACCAAAAAAAUUUUAUCAUUCAAUUUGACUCAAAGAAAAAAAACCCAAAUCAGGAAAAUCUGGAAAAACUAUUUCAGACUUAUGAAGAAAUGAAUAUCGAUCUGCCAAAUAAUUUGAAGGUCAUAAAAAAAAAGCUAGAAAAGAAAAAAAAAAAAUUUUUGGAAAGCAAAAAAAGAAACCAAGAAUUUGCUACAUCUCAACAUGGUGCAGAAGGAAAGAAAUUCAAAGUAUCAAAACAGGAGCAUCAUCAUGUUGACGUACAUCAGAAUGGUGAUCUGAUCCACAGUGAAGAAGACGAUACUAACGAUGAGCUAGUAGAGAGCGCAUGCUUAGCACAAAAUGAAAUAAAUUUGGAUGAAGACGUGAAGGAAACUAAAUGGAAGGAUGCACUUAGCACUGAAAGUAACCUUGCUCAAAAUGACCAUCUUGAUGAAGACAAUAUUUAUGGUGACACAGCUGACCGUGCGAAUCAGCGUGAUGAAGGUAAUGCCCAACCGGAAGAAGAGAAAAGAAAAAUCCUCUACCAAAGAGUCAGUAUAAAUCGAACGGACAACAUAGAGAAAAUGAGGCAGGCAUUGCCUGUCCUGGGGUACGAACAAGAAAUUAUCGAAGCGAUAUUAAAUUACGAUGUCGUAUUUAUAAGUGGAGAUACGGGAUGCGGAAAAUCCACACAAAUUCCGCAGUUUGUUUAUGAACACGGGUUCUGCACAGAUAAUUACCUCAUUGGCGUGACAGAACCGAGGAAAAUAGCCGUAAGAAGCAUUUCGAAUAGGUUAAACGAAGAACUAAACAUUGAAGAUGUAGCUGGCUAUCAGAUAAGAUUCGAAAAAUCGCAUUUUUUAAAAAACAGUAAAAUAAAAGUUAUGACAGAAGGUAUACUGCUAAGAGAAAUUUUGAAUGAUUUUAUUUUGUCAAAAUAUUCUGUUAUUAUUCUAGACGAAGCUCAUGAAAGAAGCAUAAACAUGGAUUUAAUAUUAGGCCUCCUGUCCAUCAUCUGCAAAAUUAGAAAAAACAAUUAUUUCGCAUACAAAUCCAAUAUCAUUCCCAUUAAAGUCAUCAUCAUGUCUGCAACUAUUAAUGGUACCCAUUUUUUUGAAAAUAAAAUUUUUACAAAUUAUACCUCCAUCAACAUUCCAACGGAAAAAGUUCCCGUCGUCGAUCACUUCCUCUCCUACACGCCUCAAAACUAUGUUGAAGAAGCAAAAAAAAAAGUUAUACAGAUUCAUAAGAGGCUGCCACCUGGUAGCAUCCUAGUGUUCCUAACAAGUCAGGAAGAAAUUUAUCGUUUAUAUAAUUUACUGAACAAUUUGAAAAUGUCUGAAAAAAAUACACAAGUAGAAGAUGAAAAAAAUAUGCACACACUUGAACAUACUAAUGAGAAAACAGAAAAAGCACAGAACGAAAAUAUAAAUUCUUUCGACCUAAGUGAGGACGAAAAAAAUGCAAAUGAUAAUAAGUGCAGCUUUUUUCUCAGAUCAACGGAUGAAAAUAAAGAAAAGCGAAUUAUAUUUGAAGCAUCUGACAGUGACGACGAGGAUGCUCCCUUGCACAGCGCUCUGUCCGUAAGCACAACUAACCUUCCUGAACAGCGUGAAUAUGAUUCCGAUGGGCAUGAAGAAAAUUACACCUCAUUGGAUAAUUCUAACAGUGCAGAAGAGAAUCAAACGAACAAGAACGUAGAAUCAAACGGAUUGGGAAAAACGGACAACGGGAAUGACACCCUCCCUUGCUCUGCGAACAGUCAGACUGAAGAAGGAGAGGAUGGCGAAGAAGGCCCUCCCCCUUCGGAUUGCCAUACCAAGGGGGAUAACCAUGAUGGUGAAGACGCCGAAAAUGGGGGUGAACUGUCGGAGGAUAGCGAAUCUUGUGAGGAGAACACGCAGGACAACCAAUCGGACAACCAACCGGACAACCAACCGGACAACCAACCGGACAACCAACCGACCAACCAACCGGACAAACAACCGGACAAACAACCGACCAACCAACCGACCAACCAACCGACCAACCAACCGGGCGAUGAACAGACGGAAGGAGAGCCCAACGAACACGCAGUCAGCGGAGAAGCGAAGAAACAUAGAAACAAACAAGAAUCAACCAUUUGGAAGGGAAGCGAUGGGUCAGGCAGAUUAAAGGUUUUUAAACUUUUUGCAAAUAUGCACAUGCAGGAACAAAUUAGUUUAUUUAAGGAUCCCAGAGAUGAUGAGCGAGUGUGCAUUAUAAGCACAAACAUAGCGGAGACGUCUAUCACCCUCCCAAACAUUCGCUACGUAGUAGACUGCGGAAAGGAAAAGAGAAAAAUAUACUCAGCGUUGAAUGAUUAUUCCUACUACGUUAUUGAUAACAUAAGUAAAAGUUCUGCAAUCCAAAGAAAAGGAAGAGCAGGUCGAAUCUUACAUUUAUUAAAAAAAAAUAAAAAAAAUAAAAAAAAAAUCGAAACGGAAAAGGGGCAUGUGUACAAAUUAUAUUCAUCAAAUUAUUAUAAUUAUUUUUUCAAAAACGAUAAUGAUUUCCCAAUUUUAAACUACCCCCUUGACUCCCUAAUUUUAUACCUGCUAAGUUUUAAAAUAAAAAAUGUAGAACAUUUCCCCUUUAUUAAUAAGCCAGAAAAGUGUAAAUUUGAAGAAGCCAAAAAAAGAUUAAUUUAUCAUAACUGUGUUUAUUUUGGGUACCAAGAUGUCCAGUUCCUUUUUAAAACCUUAAGUGAUAAAAUGGCCUCAAAAAAAAGUAUCGAAAAUCAUAUAAACAUGUUUAACCCAGAGCAUAAAAGCGGAAUUACCCCUACUGGUAGUUUUGUCCUGUCCCUACCCAUAAGUACAAGAUAUGCUAAAAUUUUAACCGACGUUUGCCUGAAAUCGUUAGCCAUUAAUCACACCAGUUCAAUCCCCUUGGCUUGUCUCCUAGUCUCUUGUUUAUAUUUGGAGUCCAUUUUUUCGUACGAUUAUAAGCUCAGGGCGAAAUACGGCAAAGGGCGCAAAAAAAGGAAAACCCUCAUGAAUGGAAACGGAGAGAGGAGUAGUAACCAAACGAACGGGAAUGACAGCUUGAACAGACGUAACUACAAUUUGGCAAGUUUAAUUUUUAAAAAGAACAACGAAAGUGAAGACCAAAGUGAUGUGAAUAGUUGCUCCUCUGGUGAUGUAUCCCCCUACGAGAGCAAUGCAUCAGAUGAAAAAUCCCCAAACACCGAUGAAAAGGAUAAUAUUCUUGAUGAUUUUAAAUUAAAAUUCGAUAACGACAUUGACUUUUACCUGAGCGUAUGUACCUCCUUUUAUUUUUCAAAAGACAAGAAUAAUUUCUGCUGUAGCAUGCACUUGGACAGGAAAAAAAUGGAAGAACUACUCAAAUUGUCCAACCAUUUAAUAAAAAUAAUAAAUCAUAAAUUUAACAGAAAUAUUAAUUUUGACCAUUUGGAAAAUAACCCAUCAGAUGUAUCCAAAAAAAUAAUUCACUAUGCAGUCAUCCAGGGAUUUAUAGAUCACCUAGCUAUUCGCUCCGACUUAAUACAUAACCAGUACACCAGAAACUCCAAUUUAAACUUCAAUAACAAGAAGGCCUACUUCUCCCAAAAUAUGAACACUCCAAUAUAUAUCAAUUCGUCGUCGGUCAUGUAUAAAAAUAGGCCAUACCCCAAAUACAUCCUGUACAAUUACAUAAUGAAGAACGCAAAGUCGUACGUCAUGUUCGACUGCCUAACUGUAAAUGAAUCGGAUAUAGGAAAAAUAACCAACGUUUGCAUUUACAUUAAUGAAUAUGAAAAAAUACCACCGGCUAAAUAUGACAUGAAGAAGGACAAAAUUGUCGUUUGCGUGAAGCCUUUGUAUUUACCCUAUUCUCAUUAUCUACCCAUGACAACAAAAGAGUUAAAUGAAAACGGGUUAUUGUUUUAUAACUAUCUUGCCUUGUUCAUAUUAGAUGGGUCCAUAUUUCCAAAAAUGUCAUCAUUUCAUUUGUUCUACACCCAUUCGGCUAAUGACAUUAUCUCGUGCACAAGCCAGCCGGUUAAGCAGUUUGUAGAUGCGCUAAGGGAGGCCAGAAUAAGCAGCAGGGCGACCCUAAUUAACAAGUGGAAAAGCCAAAAGGAUUUUUUAAAGCAAGAAUUCGUAUCCUUGAUUGGGAAGAAACUUAACAAGUAUAAUGAGCAGGUCAUCGAUAAAACGUGGCCUCCCCUAAACUGA